CCUCUCUCUUCCCUCUUCCCUCUUCUCUUCAUAUCUAACUUCCGUCGUUUUCUUCUCCUUGAUUCAGCAACUAUGGCUUCUCUCAUGUUUUCCUUCUUUCCCUUCCUCCUAGUCCACGCCAUUUUCUUCCUUUCUCGACCUGCACUUUGUGAUGCAAUUAUGGCUUCUCUCAAGUUUUCCUUCUUUCCCUUCCUCCUAGUCCACGCCAUUUUCUUCCUUUCUCGACCUGCACUUUGUGAUGACGAAGACAACCUUCUCCAAGGAAUCAACAGUUACCGUACAUCUCUAAGCCUCCCGGUGCUGACCAAGAACAAGAAUGCCGACUGUGCCGCGGGAGAACUUGCCGAUGACUUAGAGGAUCAGUCCUGCGACGCUGCUGCCAUCCCUUCUCCUAACACCCUGUCCACUCUAGCCAACUACCCCAAGGUUGCUUCCAAGUGCAAGAUCGACGUUAACACCACCACGGACGGUGUCAUAAUGCCCGUCUGCGUCCGCAAACUAGUCCCUACUCUGGUCCUCACCAACUACACCCGCACUCACUACGCCAAGUACUUGAACGAGUCCAAGUACACCGGCAUUGGUGUCGGGUCGGAGGACGACUGGACGGUGGUGGUUCUGACCACUAACACGCUGGCGGGGAGCUUUGCUAGCGGAGCUUGGAGGAUGUCCGAGAAGAUUGGCGGUUUAGGGAUUGGGAUGGUUUUUGGGUGGUUUUUCUGGGUUAGGUAGUGAAGAAGAAAGACUGGAGAAUGCAUAUGUUUUAGGUUUCUGUAUUUGUGUCUUUGUGAUUAUGUGUUUGCUUGUGAUUCUACCUUAAUUAUUCUGUCCUUAUAAGAUUGUAAUAUUGCUUGGUAUUUUUGGAAAUUUAUGAAAAAUUUUCAAAAUUUGAAGAAAUAAUAAAAAUGCUUUUAAAUA